AUGUCAAAGCCCAAAAAGCUGCAACUCGUCUGGCCCAAGGAUGGCCCCAAAGGACGAGGCAAGCGCGGGUUCAGAGGUCGACUGGCCAACAUCGUCACAGGCAAGGGACCAGGCAUCUUCUUGCAACGUAUGGGAUCCACCGACCCUAUCCCGCGGGAUCAGUGGCAAAAUUGGGAUUCGUAUCGAAGCUACGCCGAUCAUCGGCACGAGGACAGAGGCUCAGUUUCCCGAGGCUUCCGACGAUAUGAUCCUCACACUCGGACUUACGUUGAGUGGACGACUCCUCACGACUGGUCGGGCCGCGGAACACAUCUAUGUGGCGGCGUAGGCUACAAAGGCGAUGGGCUUCCCAGAUUCACUCGGGAAGAGGGUUCACGGUUCAACAAGGCUUACCAUCGGGGGCAGCGUCUUCGAAAUGAGGAUAUGGGAGAUGCAUGGACGCAUGAAGGGCCCAAGAGAUUUGGGCCCAAGUACGACGAGUUCUGGCAGAGUGCUCAUCGACAAGCGAAGAAUAUCGCAGACGGGUACCCGAGGCAAUCUAUGGGACUCAACCCACACAUGACAAUGCGCUCUCAGUAUGCUGAACAGCCAUAUCGUGAGUGGUUCUGGGAUGAGUGCCUCCAUACAUGA